UCAGACCCACACACCCUCCUGCUUCCACUCGCCUUUUCUUUUUUUUUUUUUUUUUUAAACAAUUCUUACUUCGGCUGUAAAUUUACCCAGGCACACGAAGCGUCUCAGCUCGAAAUCUCAUCGCGACGGCUCGUGAUAUCGCAAGCGGUACAUUAUUCUUAGAUCGAAAAAAAAUAUAUAGCAUUCUGAAAUACAACAUGGAGUCGCCUCCUGAUCCGACGAGCGAGCCGGGUAAGAGCGCCUCCGAGGCGGCGAGCGCGGUCCGGGAGAGCCCGCUGAACCUGGACGCUCUGCGGAAAGCCGAGCACCAAGCGCCGGUGCGCAGACACAGCUGCUCCAGCACCAACAGAGGUAUUUCAGUAACAAAGAAGACACAUACUUCUCAAAUUGAAAUUAUUCCCUGCAAGAUCUGUGGAGACAAAUCAUCAGGCAUCCAUUACGGUGUGAUAACAUGUGAGGGCUGUAAGGGUUUCUUCAGGAGGAGUCAGCAGAGCAAUGCGGCAUAUUCGUGCCCACGUCAAAAGAACUGCCUGAUCGACCGUACCAGCCGAAACCGCUGCCAGCACUGCAGGCUGCAGAAGUGUCUGGCCGUGGGCAUGUCACGGGACGCGGUGAAGUUCGGGCGCAUGUCAAAGAAGCAGCGGGACAGCCUGUAUGCCGAGGUGCAGAAGCAUCGUCUCCAGCAGCAGCAAAGGGAGCAGCAGCAGCAGCCGGGCGAGGCCGAGCCGCUCACGCCCACCUACGGUCUCUCAGCAAACGGCCUCACCGAGCUGCACGAUGAGUUGAGCGGCUACAUGGACGGCCACACGGCCGACGGCACCAAGCCUGACUCGGGCGUCAGCAGCUUCUACCUAGACAUCCAGCCCUCGCCCGACCAGUCUGGCCUGGACAUCAACGGCAUCAAGCCCGAGCCUAUCUGCGACUUCACACCAGCCUCAGGCUUCUUCCCGUACUGCUCCUUCAGCAACGGCGAGACCUCCCCCACCGUCUCCAUGGCCGAGCUAGAGCAUCUGGCCCAGAAUAUCUCCAAGUCCCACAUGGAGACAUGUCAGUAUCUGAGAGAGGAGCUGCAGCAGAUGACCUGGCAGGCCUUCCUGCAGGAGGAGAUGGAGAGCUACCAGAACAAGCCCAGAGAAGUCAUGUGGCAGUUGUGUGCCAUUAAAAUCACAGAGGCCAUCCAGUAUGUGGUGGAGUUCGCCAAGCGUAUCGACGGCUUCAUGGAGCUCUGUCAGAACGAUCAGAUCGUGCUGCUCAAAGCAGGCUCUUUGGAGGUGGUGUUUGUCCGAAUGUGUCGUGCCUUUGACCCUCAAAACAACACGGUCUAUUUCGAUGGGAAGUAUGCUGGCCCUGAUGUGUUUAAGUCAUUAGGUUGUGACGACUUGAUCAGCUCCAUCUUUGAGUUUGGAAAAAACUUGUGUUCUAUGCACCUGUCUGAGGACGAGCUCGCCCUGUUCUCAGCGUUUGUGUUGAUGUCUGCAGACCGCUCCUGGCUCCAGGAGAAAGUGAAGGUGGAGAAGCUACAGCAGAAGAUCCAGCUGGCCCUUCAGCAUGUCCUGCAGAAGAAUCACAGAGAGGAUGGCAUACUAACAAAGUUAAUAUGCAAAGUGUCGACCCUGCGAGCGCUGUGCAGCAGGCAUACAGAGAAGCUGACCGCUUUCAAAGCAAUAUACCCGGACAUUGUGCGUACCCACUUCCCGCCCUUAUACAAGGAGCUCUUUGGAUCAGACUUUGAGCAGUCCAUGCCUGUGGACGGGUAGCGGCCCCUUCGUCCGGCCCGCUCCGAGGGGCCACAAACACCGUGGGGAAUGUCGAGCAUGAAUCUGAGACACUUUACCAGUGCCCUGCACAUACACACAUACACAACACACACACAUACACAAACAAAAAACAGGACAGCUUACCUGCUGCACACACUUUCCUUUUUUUUGUUGUUGUUGUUGUUGUUGUUGUUGUUGUUUUCCUUCGGGAGGGGGGCGGGUGUGGGGUACAGCAAGAUAACUUUUAUUUGGAGGGUUGAUUUUGUGAGGUUUAUCCCCUCCUUUUUUGACACAAGUGGGAGAUCGGGAGGGCCCCAGGGAAAGGAUAAGGAGAUGAAGAUGCUUGUUCUCUCUCUCUCUCCUUUUCUCUCUCUCUCUCCUUCUCUCUUUCUUUCUCUCAGUCUGUCUGGCUGAACCUGAAGCACUCAUGCAUACGACUCCAGAACGGUCCCAUGACGAUUUCUCCAAAUGAUUGCCAGAAAUGGUGUUUCCUAAAAACCUGCUAUAGUAUCAAACCUUUAAAUUCUUCAUGGAAAGCAUGAUGAACCAUUAUUUCUUUGGAUUAUUCUGCAAAAUUGGUCUGAUUUUAAAGAAAGACAAAUGUUGUCAACGAGCCAAAUUCGGGCUACUUUCAUUCCCAAAUUAAAAAAAAAACAUUAUGCAUGAAUUGUGGCCAGUGCAUUAGGCAUGUGCCCAGUUUGGUCACCUCUCUACUCUUUCUAUCUUUUGCUGUGAAGCUGCUGCUCAGAAUGUAAACCAGACGGUGAAAGAGGUCAUAAGAGAAGCGCCAGAUGAGGAGAGAGAGAGAGAGAGAGAGAGAAUGAACAGGAGAGCGAAUGGAGAGAAAGAGAAAACAUGGGGCACGUGGAACGGAGCCGUCUGCGUGAGGUGACACUGAACUGACGCCUUUCUAAGGACAAUCGUUUAAAAAAAAUAAUAAAACAAAGAGAGAGAGAGAGAUAGAAGAAAGGAGAAAAAUAGGUAGAAUUCUGGUAAUUCUAGUUUUUAAAAAGAAAAAAAAAUGCAAUUACUUUUAGCUGUCAAGCACUUCAUCCAGCGUGGUUGCUUAGUGAGAUCAUUUAAGGCCAUCUGCUAUUAAAUCCUUUUUCUGGACAGAUUAUGGCAGUUUAACUGAGCACACCGCCAACAACCCAAGGGUCCAUUCCACCUGUUUUCUAAAUGUGCUACAGGGUAUACGGUCAUAAGUACUUACUAUACAGAAAAAGAAAAGUAAUGUUUAUAGAAUCUAUUUUAAAUAACAUGUAUGAUAAUAGUAGCUAGACUAUUCUUAAUUGUCAAGAAUUGAUAAGGCACUUUUCUUUGCACCUUUCUUUAAUUUAAGACUUGUAUAUUUACCUAGUGAUGUGUGUUGCAUGUGCAAGCGGAAAUACAAGCGAAAAACCACCGACUCACAGAGGCUACAUGCUGGAAGCUCCUACAGGUGUGUGUGUGUGUGUGUGUGUGUGUGUGUGUGUGUGUGUGUGAGAGGAUAAGAUCAGUGCUGGGUAAAGGCUGACAGAGAGGUGUAUAGAUAGGGUUUUCGGCUCAGAUUUACAGAAGGAGAAGCAAGGCUGAACCUGAUCCCAGAUCAGCAUGUUCUACGACACUGCCGGUCUGUCUAAUAACUCUAUGUCAUGAAUUUUCAGCACAAAUGUAAAGCACAAUAAUGUGUGGAAGCAGGAGCUGGGGUUUAGAAUCAUAAGUCUGCACCGCGAGGAGCAAGUCAAUGGUUCCAUCUAGUGGUGAAGAUCCCACAGCAUCUCUCAGCAUCUUCACCGAUAACUGCAGUAUUCGUGAUACAGCAUGCAGACCUUCCUGUGUUCAUUCUGCAUCUGUAGGACAGCCAGGCCUUGGUUCUCACACGGCUUCUCUCGGCAGCAGCCUUUGCCCGACUGUACUGGUAGAAAGGAGAGUUAAAGAAUCAGAAACCUAUUCAAAGCCUUGUCUGGUAGUAAAACUUCUAUUUUUCUAAUCUGUACAGUGCAUAAGCUGAUGAAAAGAAGGCGAAGGAGAGAAAGGAAGUGAGAUUAUAAAGCACUUAUUCCUGCAAUAAUUCGAUUUUUUUUGUGUGUCUUUCCUUUUUAUUUUAGUAGUGUCGGUGCUUUAUUAUUUUCCCCCCUGAAUGCGUAACUGUCGUCCGAUUGUCCAGUCUCAGCCCUUUCAAGCGUGCCAUAGCGGUUUCCCCUGAUGUUGUGUCCACAGAACAUUCCAGUGAAAUUAGAACGUGAUGCAAAACACCACCACACCCAUGAACAAACGUUUCUGCUGGUCGUUCUCAUCCUAGUCAUCCUGUUCCCCCACACCACCUCUCACCAUGCUCCUUAUACAAUAUACAGUGUAUUUUCCUCAGGGAAGAGUUGUACUUCUAACUCUGUUUGACUCAGUUAACAUUCAUUUUUAUGAGAUAAUGAUGAUGAUGAUUGGUCCUUCCUGCCCUCCGUUAUUUCCUGUAUCUACAUUCUCGAAAUAUAAAGCACAGUAACGUUAGCAGGGUCAUCAAAUGCACGGCUCAUUAAACGACAUUUUACCUGUUUAACAUUAAAACCCGUUUCAAUAAUCACCUCGAUUCAGUGCAUCUGAGAUGUAUUUGAUUGAUUGUUGCUGGCCAGAGAUCAAACAUUCAUCAAAGCUGUGAAUGACAAUCCAGCAGAACAUUGGGAAUUGGCAGCACGUGGACUUAAAUACCAAAUGCUCAGGGAGAACAUUUUACUUAAUAAAAAGUACCGGGGCAGAUGAUUUCUGUAACGUAGCAGCAUCAUAAGCAUCAUUUUUUGUCCGUUAGUGUUUUGAUUUUUGUUUUUGUUUUUUUUAGAAGUACUUCUCUGGUCAGUGUGUAAGCUUCACUGACCCGUAAAAGAUCCCACACAUCUCAUCACAUCUCAGAAACACCAACAGCUGGGUGCACUGGUGUUAACGCUAGCGACAGGGUCCGUCAUCGUACAAAAUAAACAAGCAAUGAGCUCUUAACGUCACCCCCCUUUAGUGUAACCUUCACGUAAUAUUGUGCCAAAUACCUCUUGUAGAAUUAGCUCCACGAGCAGGACUCACUGCCCAUGAGCCAGGAGUGCGUAGUGUGUUACUAAAAUACGGGUUUCGACGGGGUAGCCGCUGCGGUGGAGUGCCCUCUGAACAAGCUUUGAUACGCAGAAGACUGUUGUAAUUCUGUCCUCUUUUUUUGUUCAGUCUACUUGAUCCACAUCCAUGUGGUGUCCUUUACCGAAUGCUAAUGACAACGAUACCCGUUUGCACCGUAAACAAAAACAAAACAAACAAAAAACUGUACUGAUUUUUUUUGUUUGUUUUUCCUCCUCUGGUCAGUGUAGUUUGUUUUUAGGUAUUAAAAGCAAUACAGGCUGUAAAGUAGAAACUUUGGACGAAUUUAUUUUUUCAAUCGAAAGUACUGAACUGUCUCUGGACUUGUUGUAUCGACGUGUUGAUGUACACGUGUAUAAAUAAUUCUGGCUCGUGAAAAAGGUCCAGUCGUGCGUCGCAGGUUUCCGUGUUGUGUCGUGUUUCUGCGUGUGAAACUGAGCUCUUUUUACCCUCUGUGUUCAUUUUGUAAUAAGCAAUAUGAGUGUGUGUGUGUGUGUGUGUGUGUGUGUGUAAGUCGAACCCCAGACAAGGCUUUAAUAAAGUAGAUAAGGAGCAGCAGGGUCAGCUGGUGAAGUAAACGGUAUAUGGAUAUCUUAGUUUUCCCGGGUUUUAUUUAUUUAUUUUGAUUUUUUUUACACACACACACACACACACACACACUCUUAGUAGCAAGUGUGAACUCAUCCAUCAGGCUGGACAAGCAUGACACAGUGCACGCCAUCAUCUUACUAAAACUCCUUCACACGGACAUUAUGCAAACCUGCCACUGACGGGCCCUAUGCAGUCUCCAAUACCGCAGGACGAGUUUACACUGCACCACCCUAACAAAUCCUUUCUUUCUUUUUUUCUUUCUUAGCGAGGGAUACUUCGACUUGCAGAAAGCCAUUCGAAUAAUAUUCACCAUGUUCCAACACGUGGGAUUAAGGUGUGAUGUCAUGCUUGUGACGCCCUUUCCAUUGGGAGGUGGAAAGUGUUAUUAAGGUGUAUAGAUGUAUUACAGACGACCAUUUUCAUUACAUUUUAUUUUUUCUUUCUUUCUUUCUUUUUUUUUUUUUAAAUGUGACCUUUUAUCCCAAAAGCACAGCUAAUAAAGUGAGGUAUGUUUUAGAAUAUAGAGCAAAAGACAAAAAAAAAGUCAAACAAACAAAAAAAAAAACUUUAGCCAUAAUCGAAUGUCAAGCAAUAAUAUAUAUGGUAUAUUAUUAUUAUUAUUAUUAUUAUUAUUAUUCAUCUUUGUGCAUAGGCUUUGGACACCUGCAUGUAAAUACACCUCUUAUUUAUCACAUUUUGUUUUCUUUUCUCUCUCUCUCUCUCUCUCUCUCUCUCUUUCUCUCUCUCUGAUUAUUUUUGCUUUUUGUUUUCUUUGUAUAUUUGACUAGUUCUGUUCCCAGGUGGAGAACUAAGAACUUCAUAUGGCCUGUAAACUGUACAGCUUGAUUUCCCUCUCUCUUUCUCUCUUUCUCUCUCUCCCCCUUUAGCUUUCUGCUUUUAAUUCACUAUAUUUAAUGUUAUUAUUGAUCACAUGUAUAAAAUUAACUUUGUAACAUCUGUCUGUAUAGGUAAAAAAAAAAAGAAAAGAAAAGAAAAUACUGCUAUUAAGACCUACUCAGUGCAAAUAUUUAUCUGUUUAUCGGAUACAUCAUGCUGUACAGUAUCUCUGUUUUAGUAUACUUCUCUCUUUUAGAGUUAGUUUGAUAGCGCUAGGGCGUGCCGACAUUUAAUUUUUGUGUUAAACUGACGUGUGGUGCUAGGUAAGUUACUUUCGUGAACAAAAAAAAAAUGCAAACUUCUCGACUCAUAGACAAGGCCACUCGAUUAAGUUCAUUCAUUUCACUAAGUAUUGAUGCAUUCUUGAUAUUAGGACUCAAUAAAUGAUAAGAAUAAAGAAUAAUGAUAGUGGUUAAAAAAAAAUCCCUGGCCCAGUACCUGUAUCAGUGUGCUAGGCUGGGGUUUGCGCUCUGGUUUCCUUCUCACUUUAAGACUAUAAGUAAAAGCGGUAUCAUCGAAUUAAGAUGCUAUUAUUAAACGUCGAUUGAUAUUAAAAGAAAAAAAAAUGUUUAAGCUAAAGAAAAGCAGUAUUGUGUCCAUCCGUUUCGAAUUGUGAGAACCACUGGCUAGACUCGCUUAGAUUUAUUUAUUUUAUUUUUUUUGCCAACGCAACAGCGCCUACUGGUACUUUGCUCAGAAAUCCUACGCUGGAAAUAAAAUGGCUUUACGCAGCAGAUACGAGAGAGCUGGACGAUUUCUAAGAAUUAUUGGCAGUCAGGUUUAAACCCUUCUUUUUAUUUUUGGCCUAGACUACAGCUCCGUGCGUAUUUAUUUAUGUGUACGAUGUCACGGUCAGUCAUUUUCUUACCCCAAAAAAUUUAAGCGCACAGACUGUGGCGUAAAGCGUUAGAACGUGCAAGAGGUUGAAAUUGGUCAGUCGCAGGUUCAUAUUUGCUCGAAAUCGUUCAUUUCCUCUGUAGCAAGUAUGACAGCUAUCCUUCGCAAUAAUACACAAACAACACCGCUGAGUGCCUCUCAGUGGUCCGGGAUGCAGAAAUGACGUAGUUUUCACUGUUCGCCGUCGUCAGACGCUCAUGUAUUUGCACAUGUAGGUGAAUUCUAUUCCAAAAUUCUUCACGUCUCUUAUUAUUUUUCUUCUUCUUCUUCUUCUUCUUCUUCUUCUUCAACGUAACUGUUUUGUACUUUUGUUUUCUGACCACGUGAACACCGCUUGUAGUUUAUCCGUCUGUCGCCAACCGUUUCUCGCAGUGCACAGUCGACGUUCCCUUCCUCCUUUACUUUUUCUGCUGGCGUUAAUAUAACCUUGUGGAUGAACAGAAACAUGCAUUCUGAAUCUUUUAUUUUUCAGAUCCUGUUUUUUUGUUGUUUUUUGUUUUGUUUUUUUGCACAUAUUGUAAAGGACAAUAGACAAUCCACUCGGUGUUACCCCCCUAUUUUACAAUACUUCCAGUUUCUGUUGGUUCUUGCAGACGAAUGACUAAUGCAUUGUAUUUUAAGUAUUCACACGUGUAUGUAAGAUAUAUGCAUAAUAGACAUUUUGGAUUUCCUUCCUGUCGUGUGUUUAAAUGUGAGCUCACAGGGGGACUGGGUUUUACUCCACACACAGGCACGGGGAGGGAAAAAUGCCAAGACAAGUUUGUGGUUGUCACGAAUUUUUACAUCACACGUUUGCUACUGAUCUAACCGUGGGGGAGAGAUGAUCACGUACCUUUUUAUCCAGCUCUUUUGAACUCUAUUUAGGAGGUAGUAUCUUCACAAUAAUAGAUUUGCUCCUUCUCUUCUCUUCGUCUAAUUCUUGAAUAUGAAAAAUUAUUAAGUAUUUUGAUUCAUUUUGUAAAUACAGCUGUAAAGAAAAAUAAGAAAUUUAAUGUUGUCUUUUAAAUACUUUUCAUUCUAAUAUGAAUGUUGUUAUAUUGUACUUAGAAACUGUACCUUUAAUAUUACCUUUAUUAAAAGUGCAUUGGACACAUCGAUUUUAGAUGUGCUUUAUGUGCUGUUAUCCCAUAAUAAAAUUUACCGCUUGUA